AUGUCAGAACCAACUAAAGCUCAAAUCGAUGAAAUAUUCAAAAAAUUAAUUUCGGAUAGGGCGAAUAAAGUGUGUUUCGAUUGUCAGGCCAAAAAUCCUUCCUGGUCAAGUGUUAGCUUUGGGAUAUAUCUCUGCUUGGAUUGUUCUUCGGUACAUAGAAACCUUGGGGUUCACAUCAGUUUUGUGAGAUCAAUUUCGUUAGAUUCAUGGACAUGGGAUCAGUUACGAAUUAUGAAAGUUGGAGGCAAUCAAGCAUUUAAGGAAUAUAUUAUUCAUACUGCUAAACGUCCUGAAUUAUUGAAUAAGGAUGCAAAAUCAAGAUAUAGUUCUGAUGUUGCAAGUAAGUACAAGAAAGUAGUUGAAGCCCGAGCUAAGGAUGAUGCUUUGAAAAAUCCCGUUUUUACUAUCGAACAUCAUGAAUGGGAACAGACUAAUAAUGUAAAAAAAGAGGAUAACUUUUUUGAUUCUUUUGUUCAAGAAAACGAUGAAAAACCAUCAUCACCAGAAAAUCUCACCAGUGCCAAUAUUAAAACAACUACUUCAAAUGGGCCUAUUUUAGUAAAAUCAAAGGCAACUACAAGAUCUAAUAUUUCAGCUCGUGGGAAAGGACCCAAAAAAUCAAAAAUGGGUUUGGGUGCGGUAAAACUUCAAAAAGUUGAUAUUGAAGAAGCUGAGCAAAAAGCCAAAGAAGAGGAAGAAUUGAUUAAUUCUUUAGCAAGAAGUGAAGAAGAAAUUGAUACUGGAUCAAACCGCAAAUCAGAAGAUCGAUGGUCUUUUAGUUCCCGUUUAAUGUACAAUGAUAGUACACAAUCUACAUCAGGAGUUGGAUUAGAUACUGAUGAUAAAAGAAAAAGUGAAGAUAUUGAGAGACUCGGUAUGGGUUUCUCAAGACUAGGAUUUGGUACUGUUCCGAGUAGUUCCAAAUCAUCAUCUACAAAGAUUGAAGAAUCUACUAAUUCACGAUAUGUUGGAUUUGGCUCUAUUAAUACGAAUGAUUCAAGUAGUCAAGUUCAAAAUGAUUCUAUGGAUAAUAGUUAUGCUCGUCAAAAAUUUGGAAAUCAAAAAUCUAUUUCUUCAGAUCAAUAUUUUGGUCGUAAUAGUUAUGAUCCAGAUGCUUUACCAGCUGCCUCAGAUCGUUUAAGACAAUUUGAAGGUGCUAGUUCUAUAUCUUCUAACCAAUAUUUUGGUCGAGAAGAUAACGAAGUUUCUCAAAGAGAGAGCCUCGAUCUAACUGGAAUAGAAGUAAAUGCAAGAGAUUUUGCACGUAAAUUUAUUGGACAAGCUACUUCUGAUUAUGAGAGUAUUAAAGGUGUUGUUGAAAAAGGUAGUGAAAAAUUGAAAGAUUAUUUAUCUGAUAUACAGAAUCGUGUUAAUUAUUAG